UCUUAUGUGAUGAAGAAUUUUCUAUUUGGAAAAGAGAUGUGUAAUUAUGUUAGUGGUGCUUUGCAAGCACCAACAGAUUCGAAGGCAGAGAAAUGUGCUGAAUUAAAGAAUACCUGAGAAGUUAACAAUGAUAAAAUUAUCACUUGAAUUAACAACUCAGUUGAUCAGACCAUUGGUAUGCAUUUGACUAAGUUUAACACAGCCAAACAGAUUUGGGAUUAUUUAACUACAUUUUUUGUUCAGUCUAAUUUUGCAAAGAGAUAUCAGCUUGAGCAUGAAAUUCGAGCUGCACGUCAGGGUGAUAAGACCAUACAGAAGUUCUACUCAGUUAUGAUUGGAUUUUGGGAUCAGUUAAUACUUGCUGAGCCAGCUCAAUUGAGUACUCAUAUGAUAUAUUGUACUUUUAGGGAGGAGCAACGAUUGGUACAGUUUUUGAUGGCCCUUGCAGAUGACUUUGAGGGCCUUCGUGGUUCUAUUCUCCAUCUUCUCCCACUUCUCAUAGUUGAUGCAGCCGUGAAUGAGCUUCUGGCUAAAGAAGUCCGUCUUAAGACUCUUUUUGAAAAAGGUCUUCUUUCAUUGCCAAUCAGACUGUACUGGUUGUACCACAUAGAGGGACUUCUCAUUCACAAACUAAAUAUUGGGGUCGAGCUGCAUUUGAUGAGUGUAGUUUUUGUCGUGAGAAGGAUCAUUGGAAGGCUCAAUGUCCUAAAUUGGUGAAUAAGAAUGCCAAAGGGGCCUUACAUAAGCCAUUUAGGCUCAAAGAUCAUUAUACAGCCGCAGCUACUGCACCAAUGGAUGAGACACUCCCAUCAGCUCCCAGCAUAACUAUGAUAGCUGAUUAGUUGCAAAAGCUUCUUUCUCUUCAUCAAUCAGGUACCCUAUCAAUUUUUCCUUCUGCAGGUUCAUUUACUACAGGACCUUCACGUAUCUCUCGAAUUGCCUGAGUCUUUAACUUAGGAGUCACUCAUCAUAUGACUAGUAACUCUUCCUUAUUUGUUUCUAUUGUUUCCCCUCCUUCUAUAUCUGUUCCUGCAGCCAAUGACACCCAAAUGUCUUUGGCUGGUGUUGGAACUAUCGUGUCUUCCUAGCUUACACUUUUUGAUGUCUACUGUAUUCUUCAACUUACUUUAAAUUUAAUAUCUGUUAGUCAGUUAUUUGAUUCGGGAUUCUUAGUUGAGUU